AUGCAGCUUCAGCUCGUAUCCAGCGAAGCUUUCAACGUCGUACCGUCCCCACAAGCAAAAUUGCGACCCAUGCGCGACUUUGAAGCAGCUAAUGGUAUGCUUCCCGCGUCCCGUCGCGCCGAACUUUCACGUCGACGCCACUGUGUGGAUUUUGAUCACGAAUGUCUCGAGCUAUGUCAAGCCUUCCACACUGCACCUGAGCCUUUAGCAUUCGAAUCACUUCCAUGCAACUCAAGUCCCACUUCAAUUCUGCGCACCCGAUCGACAUCAGCUUCUGUGCCGGUUAACAUGUUGCCAAGGACUUUGGAACUUAGCACCGUUCGUAGCGAACAUAGCAAGGAGAAGCACUUCAAGGCAAAAAAAAAAGUAUCAUUUUUGCAGAUGGAGCCUGAGCAAGAGUUCGAGCAUAGUCUUCAGAAGCCAUGCAGCUGCACAUGUUUGAAACCUAUCGAGAUUGUUAAGGAAACGCCGCCAUCCAUUCACGCCAUUUGCAGGAGAGCAGAUCGACAGGCUCUUAAGCAUCUGUUGAGUUUCUAUUCUGGUGCGAAUCUCAUUCAGCUCGUCAACUCUAGUUGUACGUGUGGCCGCACGCCACUUGAAGUAGCAUGUGAAGCAGGCGACAUUAACAUAGUAAAGCUUCUGCUUAAGCGCCAUGCCGACCCAAACAGCGCAGGUAACACUGUAGCUGGAGGUAAUCUGACGUUGUCCAAUCAUAUCCGCAACCACAGGAGACGUAGUAUUGAUAAUAUACACAAGCAAAAGCAGCGGACUUGCCUAGGUAUUGCCAGCAAGAGCCGCAAGUCGGACAUCAUGGAAUUAUUAAUGCAGUAUGGCGCACGAAUUGAUGAGGAAGCAGUCGUGAUUGCUGCACGUCAUGGCCAUGAAGAUGUGAUUCGCACACUUGUUAAGUUUGCUAAUGCUGAUGCCAAGAAGAAGGCCAAUCCAGUGCAUCAGCUUUUCCACAAGAAGGGAGCCGUGGUAACCGAGCGCAUCUAUGUUCCAUUAAUCUCAAGCUCGCUGUUACUGAAAGCAUGCUCUGCAGCGGCAAUGGCUAACUCAAAGCUUAUUUACAUUCUUUUGGGUGAAGGCAAGACCGCUAUUUCCAAGCAAAAUGUGAUACAGUGUGCACUCGACGCUAUUUACGUUUUAGAUUACCGCCUGGUUAAGUGCUUGACAACGAUGUACGACUCUCGGCUUUUGAUUGAUGCUUGCGACAAGAUGUCAAAGAGUAGUCUGCUGCAUGCGGCAGUGAAGAUCGGCAGCGCCGAGAUUGCUCUGUUAUUAAUCGAGCUUGGUGCCGAUGUGCAUGCAAAAGACGGCAGUGGUGUUCCACCUCUAUAUUUGGCCUGUGCUCGUGGACAAGAAUUUGUGGUACGGACAUUGAUAGAGAAAGGAGCCAAGUGCGCAGCUGUGGGUCCUAGUGGUGAGACACCACUACAUAUCGCUGCUCAGGAGAACCAGCUCGCGUGUGUGAAGUUGCUACUAGAUGUUGGCAACGUCCAUGUGGAUGAGGUGACACAUGAUCGGUGCACGGCACUUCAUCUUGCAUCUCAACGAGGCAACACAGCAGUUGCAGAAUAUCUACUUGAUCACGGAGCUGACGUAGACGCCAUGACGGUAAAUAACGAGUCGCCUUUGCUCAAGGCCAGUCGCAUGAGUCAAUUCGAGACCGUCAAGCUACUUUUAUCUCGAAAUGCUAGAACUAAGCCUGGUUUAACGUCAAGUACAUCCGAGCAACAAUUGGCAGUCACUGGCGGGAUGUCGUCAUCGCUCAACUUACAAGACUCAGAUGCGCGGGUGUUUCGAAGGCGAUCAUGGUCAUCGUCUGAUACGAGCACGCAGCGCAAGGGCAGCAAGGAAAACGAGUCAAUUCUCAUUGCUAAGCCCAGUACACAUACAUCACUGAAACACUGGCUUCGCUCUGUGCUUCAUAACUGA